AGAUGGUGAUAGCCAAACACAAAUGAAACAAACAAUUUUGAAACAUAAUCGUUUUACCAUUAUUAAAAAACAAGAUUCAUUUGAAGAAUCGAACGAUAGUAGUGCCGGUAGUGGUUUAAAUAUUGCAAUCACCGAUGAUGAUGGUGAUAUCGAUAGUAUCGAUUGUCAACAAUUAACAUUUAUUUCGAAUAAAACAUUUCCUUUGGAUCGUCAUUGUCAUAUGAUUGUACCGCCAACACCAACCAUUACGAUACCACCAUCAUCAUGUGAUGUUCCAAUAAUGUCAAAUAGUAUGCUAACAUCAUUGUUUAUGGUCAAUAAUGAUGAUAAUAUUAAUAUUACCAAUGGUGGUGGUCAUGCGAUCAAUAUUACAACAAAUGAUUCGUUAAAAACAUCAUCAAUCACCUCUCUACCACCGCCACCACCAUCGCCAAAAACACCGCCAUUAUAUGUUGAUGAUACCGAUGAUAAUAUUGAUAAUCAUCAUUCAUUGAUUGUUGUUGAUAAUAAUCCUCGUUCAUCAUUUCAAUCAAUACCAUUAGAUAGAAUUGGUCGCCACCAUGUCAAUGGUGAUGUUGAUCACGGUGAUGAUAUUUGUCGUGUUGUAUCCGAAAUAAAUGUAAAUCGUCAUCAUAAUAUUGACGAUCCAGUAUUUUCGGAUCAUAUUCCACCACCACCUUAUCGUUUUGAUACAUCACAGUCGACAUCGAAUCUGGAUAAUCUUUUAAUCGAAACGAAUCAAAUGAUCAAUUUUGAUUAUAUAGAUUCAACAGUUUCAUUAGAUUCGCAGAUUUCCAAUUGUCAACAUAUACAGCCGAAGCAACAACAACAACAACAACAAACAUCAUCAGCAUCGACAACAAUGACGGCAACAAUGUUUUCAUAUGAUAAUCGAUCAUCAACAAAUUCUGCAUCAUUAAAUCGACAACAUUCACACUCGACAACUGAUCUAAUAAACAUACAACAACAACAACAACAACAAUCACCACCACCACAAUUUGAACAAUUAUUCAAUCAACCAGGUUAUUCAAUACAGAAUAAUCAUGAUUCAUCAAUGGCCGAUAAUUUAAUAAUGCCUAAAUCGAUAAUUAUGUCAACAAUGCCAUCACCAUAUGAUCGUUUAAUACAUUUUCGACAACGACAUCAACAUUUAAUGACACCAUCACCUACAUCAUCAUUAGUACGACGACGACGAUCAUUACCUCCACAGCCAUCGGCUGAAUUUAUUCAUAGCCAUAAAAAUCAACAACAACAGCAUCCACAAUCAUUAUUACAAACGGAUGGUCAACAACAAUCGAAUCCAUCCGGUUAUGGUGUUGGUGGUACGACACCAACAUCAUCAUCAUCACCAUUACCACCAUCAUUGAUAGCAUCAAAAGAAAGACGUAUCGGUCAUAGACGUGUAAAUGAAGAUGGACAAGUUACGUAUAAAAAAAUCAAAUCCACACAAUUAAUGUAUUCAAUACAAUUGGGUAUUGGCUAUUCUGUUGGAUCAAUGGCAUCAAAACCUGAACGUGAUCUAUUGAUGCGUGAUUUUAUGCAAAUAGAAACCGUACAUUUUCCUAAAUCUGGUUCACAUAUUACACCGGCACAUCAUUAUACAGAUUUUACAUUCAGUACAUAUACACCGUUUGCAUUUCGUUAUUUUCGUGAUCUAUUUCGUAUACAGCCAGAUGAUUUUAUGUUAUCCAUAACGAAUGAAUCAUUACAAGAAUUAUCUAAUCCAGGAGCAUCUGGUUCAAUGUUUUUUCGUACACGUGAUGAUCAAUUUAUUAUAAAAACGGUAGAAAAAACGGAAGCAAAAUUUUUAUUAAAAUUAUUACCUGGAUAUUAUAUGAAUCUAAGUCAAAAUCCACAUACAUUAUUACCGAAAUUUUUUGGCCUCUAUUGUUAUGAAUGUAUUGGAAAGAAUAUUCGAAUACUUGUCAUGAAUAAUAUAUUACCAUCCAAUAUAACGAUACAUCAGAAAUAUGAUCUUAAAGGUUCAACAUAUAAAAGAAAAGCAAAUGGUGAAGAACUGAAAAAAACAUCACCAACAUAUAAAGAUUUAGAUUUUAUUGAAUAUUAUUAUAAUGAUGAAAACAAAGCAUUGAUAACGCAUUUUUCUAAAAUGGCUGAUCUACAGAUUAAUAUUAGUACAACCGGUAGUGGUGGUGGUGGUGGUGUAAUUGGUGGCGGUGUUGGUGGUGGUGGUACUAGUGGAACUGGCACUGGUAUAGCAACUUCGAAUAUUAUAAGUGGUGGUAUUGGUACUGGUGGUGGAGCUGGUGGUGGUGGUGGUGAUGAUGUAGCACGAUCAUUUCCAACAAAAGGUGGCCUAUUACUUGAAGCACCUGUUUAUGAUGAAUUAAUUGAAACAUUACAACGUGAUUGUCGUGUAUUACAAUCAUUUGAAAUUAUGGAUUUUUCAUUAUUGAUCGGUAUACAUAAUUAUGAUCAAACAUUGAAAGAUUAUCAAAAUCAAGGUAUUGCCGUUAGAUUGUUUGAUUAUGAUAAUGAUGAUGAAUUACCUGCUGGUGCAAUUCGUGCAAUGAAUCGUAAAGGUGAACGUCUAUUAUUAUUUAUGGGCAUCAUUGAUAUAUUACAAAGUUAUCGUCUUGUUAAAAAAGUUGAACAUGCAUGGAAAUCAAUUUUAUAUGAUGGUAGAACAAUUUCAGUUACAAAACCAGAUUUUUAUGCAAAAAGAUUUCUGGAUUUUAUGUGUAAAAAAGUUUUUGGCCGUCUGCCAUCAACAUUGGAUACAACACCAUCGUCAUCAACAAGACCAAAUUAUUAUAAUUAUAAACGUCAAAAUAGUGCAACAAUGAUGAAUCAACAAAGAACGCCUGGAUUCCGUUCUGGUGGCCAUGGAUUCGGUUAUAGCCGAUGAUAUUAAUAUGUAAUAUAUAUAAAUUAAUGAUGGGAAACUUUUUUUUUGGCAUAUAUUCAUCAAUCGAUUUCGAUUUCCAGUAUUUAAAAAUUCCAAAAUAAUGCAUCUACCACCACCAUCACCAUCAUCAGCAGCAUUUAUUCACCUAUACACUUUUUCUCCUGUACAAUCAUCGAAUUAAUGGAUGUUUUUCUACUAUUCGAUGAAAAACAAUAACAAUGACUUUGCCUGUGAUAAAUGAUUCUACUCAAUCAAUCAAUCAUUCAAUCAAACAAACUUCAGAAAUCAAAAAAAAAAAAUUGAAAUUCAGAAUCAAU